UGACAUCAUGUGACUUUGCACGAGCGACGCCAUAUUGCCGAGCUAUCAAUUGGCAGACGACGGGACAGGUGGUUGGCAAACAAAUCUCACGAUCACAAGUUAGGCAAGAUGAGUCUGAACGGCACGGAUACCCACCUGAAACCUCGCCUGUGUCAUCUCUUAAAAUGGCCCGAUUUUAAUGGAUACGGCUUCAAUCUCCAUGCGGAGAAAGGUAAAGCCGGACAAUAUAUCGGGAAAGUUGACGACGGAUCGCCAGCUCGGGCUGCAGGUUUGAAAGACGGUGACAGGAUCGUGGAGGUGAAUGGCGUAAAUAUCGGCAAUGAGAAUCACCAGCAGGUUGUUAGCCGAGUGAAGGCUGGAGGGGAAGAGACACGCCUGCUUGUGGUGGAUAACGAAACAGAUCAGCAUUAUAAAGAUGAAAGAAAAGUCGUUCGGGGUGACCUCCCCGAAGUGGUUACCAUCCACAGCCCGUCUCACGAUACAGAACCAGAGCAAGACCCCCCAUCCUACACUGAUGUCCAUGAUGAAGAGCCUGUCCUGGAAGCCGUUACAAGCACACAGGUUAGUCAAGUUCAGACGUCGAUCACUACAAGUACAAGCAGCACCAGCGAGUUCCCUCCCCGGCUCUGCCAUAUCAAGAAACGGGCCGAUUUCAACGGAUACGGUUUUAAUCUUCAUGCGGAAAGAGACAAACCAGGACAGUAUAUCGGUAAAAUCGACGAAGACUCUCCAGCUGAAAGAGCAGAUCUUCGCGAGGGCGAUAGGAUAGUGGCUGUGAAUGGAACAAACAUUGAGAGCGAAACUCACCAGCGGGUGAUUGAGCUGGUGAAGAGCGGAGGUGACGAGACGACGCUGCUGGUGUUGGACAAAGACGCCGAUGAGUACUACAAGGGCAGGGGGAUUACUGUCUCCACGGAUUUGGAUGAAGUGAGGAGGAUCUCCAGCGUUACAGGAGAGGCUGUUUCUGUUGCUGUGGAACCGCCUGUAUUCUCCAUUCCCCCUCCUCCCACCGAGGACCCUUCAGAUGACGAAGAAUUUAACGUUGAUGAUUUCAAUGAGGCAGUGCAGGAACAGGUGGAGGCGACUCAGGCAGCUGAGGUGGAAGCCGAGCUCCCGCCACCCGAGGAUAUCCCUUCCCCACCAGAGGAGUUGGUCACAGCUGAUAUCGCUGAAAAUGACCAGGUGGAAGUUGAACAACAAUUCUCAGCUGAAGUGGCUGAGACCGUUGAAGCCGUUGCCGAUACUGAAACCUCGGCGGCAGCAACCGAAGAAAUUGAACAAACUUCAGAGGAAAUUACUGAAACUCCAGCUGAGGUCGUGGAGUCAUUGCAAGUCAUUGACAGUGAAUUAGAGAAUGAAGUUGAGGUUGCACAGGCUGCCGAGGUUGAAGUUGAAGCAGCAACCGCCGUACAUGCUGAAGUGACCGAGGAAAUUACAGAAAACAAUGUUACGGAAAUAACCGAAAAUGUAUCAUCACAAGUUGAGGAAAAAGUUGAGGAACAAGUUGAAGAAAAUACUGAGGUUGCCGUGGAAACAGCUGAAGAUGCUGCUGCAAGUACUGUGAACGGACAGUCGGCUACAUCAACAGUUGAAGCAGUGUCGACAUACAGCCCGCCGGAACCGGAACCAGAACCAGAACCAACCCUUGCUCCUGUCACUCAGCCAGAGCCCACACCAGAGCCCACACCAGAGCCCCCAAAACAAGCAAACGGAACUGGCGAUAUCUUCGGCCUCAGUGCCAAGGAGAUGAAAGAGAGGCUGAAGUCCCGAAGAAGGGUUGACCCACGUACACAAGGUGUCGGUUUCGGGGAGAAGUACAAAGUGUUUGAGCGUCUGUGAACAUCUUCUCAUCCCCUAAUUGUCCAAUCAGAACUAGCAUAACCAGUUGGAACACCUGUUUCAGUGAAGAGCUGCAAGCAGCUAGCAACAUGAGACUUUUCUAAUAAUGGAGACAUGAUACAGAUUUUGCUCGAAUUUUCUUUUUGAAUUUGUUGCGAAUUUGUGGAUAUGGUUUGUGAAAAUGCCUAUUCACUUUUGGGUCACCUUUCCAGCCAGAUUCAUAAUGGACCAAGUUUAUUUGACUUUACACCUACACAUAUAUAUUAUAAAUAUAUAUAUAUCUAUACAUAUAUUGGUUACAUAUUACAUUAUGUAGAAAGCUUUGUAGAUAUCCUCAAAGCAAAUAAGAGAACUCAUGUUUUACUUUUGUUGAAGCUUGAGUGACAAGGAUGAUUUUAUACACUUAUGCAUUCCAUGUUCAUUGGCUAGUGUACAGAGACUUUGAAGACUAGGGGUAGUAUAUCAGAAGCUGCAUUGAGAGGAAAUAGAAUGAUUUGACUAAUUCUGCUAACUCAGUCCACAGUGUGAUAAUGUACAGAGUUUUACAGGUGUAGAUUGUCGCCCAUGUCCACUCUGGGUGGCUCAGACAUGUCUUUCUGACUGCUCACUUGUAUAAUUAUUCCAGGAACAAUUGUAUACACAUAUAUUUUGUUAAGAAUAAAUUCAUUUCAAAAA